AGCUUUCGCUUCUAGCCAGGCUAGAUGCGCCUCGUUCGGUGCUAAAGUGUGCGUGCUAAUGGCAGUGUAAUGAGUGCGCCGUGCUAAUCGUUAUGCAAUCGCCUAGCUUCGAUUUCCAGCCGCAGUGAAAUAUGUCUCUCAAGCGUUAUGCAACUCUGCUGGCCUUCGGUCAGAAUCUAAAUCAAAAUAACACAAUACCGACAUUGGUGGUUUCCACAACGGAGGGGAUUCCAUCAUCAUCGUCAUCCGCAUCCUCGUUAUCGUAUGGAAGCUUCGCUAGCGAGGAGCAGCUGCAGCAGUCCCAGGAGCAUGUCUCGUCCUCAUCCUCGAUUGCCACACACACCACCUACUAUACCGGCGGAUUGGGACAAUAUCAUCAGCAGCGCGGUGGCUCAGGAUCUGUCAUUUCGGGCGUGGGCGGCGGUGGAGGACCUAGUGGACCCCAGACAUAUGCAAAUGUUGUCAACGGCAAUGUGAAUCUGCUGCUCGGCGGGGCGAUGCUUUCCCUGGUGACGACCGUAUUGUGUGUGGUCUGCUAUUGUUGUCAUCGAAAUAUCAAAAAGCGAACAGAGGCGGCCUACAGACAGCAGCAGCACCAGUGGCUCGAAGGCGAUCCCAACAUGGAAAUAUACAGCGUGGAGCAGUGCUACGAGACAUCUGGCCUGUUCCUGGGCGACUCCACCGAUGGCCUGUCCGCCGUGCCCGCCCUGCACCACGAACCGCCGCCCUCUUACGAUGCCGUCGUCCUCCACGAGCAGCAACUCCACCAGCAACAACUGGAGCAGCAGCAGCAGCAACAACUGCAGCUGCAACUGCAACAGCAGCAGCAACUCCUGAUGCAGCGCGUCUCGCCGCCGCCCGGAUAUCGCUCCUCAUUGGACAUUAGCGGCCAGCCGGGCACGAGCUUCGGCCGGGGAACCCCCGAUGGCAGUGUGGAUGCCGUGGCCGGGGCAUCGGGAUCGGGGGGAUCCGGUGGCCUGCUGGUCAACAAGCAGCUGCAGCUGGCCCUGAAUGCCCAAUCCUGCUGCUCGCUGCAGCGAGCCGAGGUGGAGAGCAUGUGGAAUGCCGCGGCGGCGGCGGUGGCAGCCCGGAGCGGAAAUUGCCUGGAAAUGGAGACGCUGCAGGUGCGAAAGCCGGCGCAAAAUAUCCGGAUGAACACCUUCGGGCGGCGGUACCUGCAGCAGAGCCAUCAGCAUAGCGGAAACCACUACCGACGCGGCUGUCCGCUGUGCGGCAAGUUCCGCUACGAGGGUGAGCCGGAGGAUGAGCCGCUGACCGCUCUGUCCGUGGAGAGCGGUCUGAAUAUGGGCGGUCGCAGGGAGGAGGAGGAUGGGCCCGCCCUUUGCCCCUGUCCCAGCGACAUCGAUAAUGGCAACCACAUAUCGGCCGAGGCUCUGCAGGAUGAGGAUGUGGAUGCGGAUGAGGCCAACGGGAAUGUGGAACCACCUCAAAAUGAAGCCAUACCCAUAACCGCCGUCAAUGAUGAAAAUGACAACGCAGCAGCAACGGACACACCAGCAACAUCCCAAAUAUCCGAAACAUCCCACACAUCCAACGAUGGCAGACAGCUGAAAACGGAGGAUGAGCUUCAGGAGGAUGGGGGACAGGCCGCGGGACAACAGGAGGAGCAGGAUUUGAACAGCAUUAACGAGAACGGCAUCAUCAGCCUGGACAUGAGCAAAAUCAUUGACAGAUCGGGCCUGCCCACAUACGAGGGAGCCAUCAAACUGGAGUCCAGCGGUUAUGUGUGAGCCUAACGAGGCUGCAAACAGAAACCUAAACCACAAGUGUGCUUUAACUAUGAUUAAGAUAAGUUGCAAUUGGUCGAAAGUCAUGAAAGUCAAGAUAUUAUUUGAAAAGUUAUUAAGGAACCUGUUGGUUUUCGGAACACAAUGAUUUAAGUGGUUCUUAACUGCUUAUGAUAAUUAUCAAAUUAUAAUUAUGAUAAAGCAGCCGAGCAAAAGCACUCUUAAACUAAGCAUUUUCAAGUUCUAACAAUAAGAUGGAACAUAUUAAGCAAACACGAAAACAAUAAUUUUAAAUGUUUAAAUGUUUAGAGCUAAGCGCGUGCAUAUCCCUGUAAAUGUAAAUGUUCGUUUCGAAUACUCGUAUCAAUAAAAUCAAAAGUUGUAAUUGAAAGCAACAAGCGAUUUAAUAAGCAA